CACGGCCACGCUCACUCUCAGGAUGCCGCCGCCACCCCCACCCCCACCCCCCUCUUGUCAAGGGCGGGGAGAGGACGACCAAUCGGCGGAGACGAGUAAGCAACCGCGACAAAAGACGACCAAUUAGAAGAGAGUGGUGAGUUUAGGAAGACGGCGGCAGGAGGAGGAUCGCUUGUCCGCUCGACCCCAAACAGUGAGCGGCGUCACCGCUUUUAAUUGACACACGUGGACGCAAUUGUUGGACCCCCUCCGUUCACAGCAGAAAAACCCACAACCCUAACCCUGAAAUAACUUAACAGACCAAAUUCAGAAUGAAUAAAAAUGUACUGAAAAUGAACCACUGACAAUCAGAUGUUGCUUUUGAAUUGCGGUUCAACAUAAUGAGUUUCAAAACAAACUCGGCAUUCACGAAAGAGGCAACAGGAAGCGGAGUUUUUUCGGAGAAGGAAAAUGUUGAAGUGAGCAGGUCGGUUGCUCAUCAGAGGUUCCAUGUUUCGGAGACAACGUUAGAGAGAGCAGACUCCGAUGGUUCGGACACGUCCAGAGGAGAACUAGCGAGGAUAUUGGUAGAAGCGUGAUGAGGAUGGAGCUGCCAGGCAAGAGAGCGAGAGGUUGGUGUUGGAGAGGAGGAUGCAGGAGAGGAGAGAGGCGUGCGUGGAAAAGGAGGGCAAGCCCAAAGGAAAGGGAGACUUGUACUACAUCUUGUUUUCUUUCUCUGUUGAAUAAUAUACCCAGGAAGGGUUGUGGGCUUCUCUUCAAUGAUCAGAGGCGUCCCCGUGUGGAAGCUAACUCGUCUUUAGUUCAUUCUUAUUUCAUCCAACUCAUUUUGUAGUUAGGGUUUCCCUCUACGUGCUGUUAUGACUGGGAAAGAAAUUGUUGGAUCACUAGUUUCGAAAUCAAAAGCCAGUUUAAAAAAACCAUAAUUGAAUAAUCAUAAUUUCUUUUGUUUUCAAAGGGGAUUGGUAAGAAAAAAUGCUUGGUAUAUCGCAAGGUUAUUAAAAGUUAAGACAAUUUGCAAUUUUGGUAUUUUCGAUGCACAUGAUUUGUCUUCGUGGGCCACGUUAUGAUGUGGCGGGCUGGGUCUGGCCCCCGGGCCACGGGUUUGACACCGGUGUUCUCACUCAUUCUAGUUCAUUCUUAUUUCAUCUAUCGUUUGGAAAGUCAACAAAUUGCAGUGACAAGUUCUUUUGCUGUGUCGUCAGCACGGUCAGCGAAGACAAGCUGCACAAGCACCUGAAGAAAUGCAACUCUCGCGGCAAACCCAAGGCGGUCUAUUACGUAGAAAACAUCAACGCUGGCUCAGCUGACCAAAACGAGCAGACGCUCCCACAGGUGAGUUUGUGUGAGCGAAGCGCCACUCAGUUAAGACACCUGCUGGACACGCUCAACGCUGCUUCAAAAGGUCUGCCGUUCCGGUUGGAGGAACACUUUGUGUCACACGCAGUUUUCCAGGAGGAAGCGAAUAACCCGAAGAACGGAGAUUCGGCCCACAAACACCUGAAGCAGCAGUCCUCCAUCUUGGGCCACCUGGAGGCGCUGGGGCUGCUGGGACGCGGCCGCUGCUUCGUGGAGUUCGGGGCGGGUCGAGGGAAGCUGUCGCACUGGAUCCACCGAGCCCUGCGGGAGCAGACCCCGCCGCCGCCGGCCGGAGAACCUCUGCAGAUGCUGCUGGUGGAGCGAAGCAGCACCCGAUUCAAGGCCAGGCCGCGAACUGAAUCGAUGCGGGGUUUUGGCAGGAGGCCUAAAAAGGGGCGCCGCGCUCAAUUCGGUGGACAGAGAACGCUCGCUUCCUGGCCGCCGACCCGACCUUUCAAAAUAAAAGCUGCUCUGUUAUGUGUUCAGGUGGACGGAAAACAUCAGGACGCCGACGUGGAGUUCGCCAGGCUGCAGAUUGACAUUCAGCAUCUUGAUUUGAGUAAGGCGCCAGACCGAGACAGAGACCGUGACCAGAGCUCACGUGACCCUUUCUCGCAGGUAAAGUCCCGCUGCUGGGACGCCAGCUGCCGCUCGUCGGCGUCGGGAAGCAUUUAUGCGGAGCGGCGACGGGUGAGAGCUGCGCUAAAAAGGGUUAGCGAUGCAAAUUCCGCCGAAUGUCGAAGAAACAAAUGUUCUUCUUCAGAUUUGGCUCUUCGCUGUUUGUUCCCAACAUCGUCGACGCCUCGACAACAAGCGGGCCCGCCGAGAAAACGCCGCAAAGCGUCGCCUGACUCCGCAGCGGGAGACGCACCCGAUCCUUGUGGAUCCCGCCCUGCCCGCGGACCUUCCGAGCAAGGUCCUUGCGGAUCCUCCGAUCCCCGCGGGUCUUUUGGUCCUUCUCGGGUUCUGGGCCUGGCGGUGGCACUGUGCUGUCACCAUCGUUGCGAGUGGCGUCACUAUGUGGGUCAGAAAUUCUUCUCUGAUCUGGGUCUGGGUCCCGCCGAGUUCUCGAGCUUCUGCCGCAUGUCCAGCUGGGCCACGUGCGGCCUGCGAGCGGCAUCUGAUCAGAGAGCCGACGAAGAACACGAACCGCUGACGGCGGAGGAGACGGACGUCGCGGCGGGAUUUCUGUCGCCGGGCGAGCGCGAGCGGAUCGGACGCCGCUGCAAACUUCUGAUCGACGCCGGUAGAAUCGAGUUCCUGCGCAGCAAAGGAUUCUGCGGACGGCUGACGCGUUACGUCGGCGCUCAGGUGACCCUGGAGAACGUCCUGAUGACAGCCACGCCUGCCGGCUCUUCUCCCGCCGCUUCCGAUGUUUACUCGUAAUCCACUCACAUGCGCUCUCUUCCGAGCCUCCCGGAUGUACGUCAGCAUGAAUUCUCGUCCGAACGUCUCGCGGUCGUCGCCGUCGUCAGUUGUGGCCAUCUCCGGCGCCAACGGGUUGUCCCGGAAGUUGACGAACCUUCACACAAAAGGAGCCAGGAGUCAUUUUUGCCCCAUCCAAAAACUUGAUCAGCGUUCUUUCUUGAAUCCCGCCCAGCCGCCACCCAGCAUUAUCAAGAUUUGAUUUUAUUGGUUUCAUUCAUUGGUUAUUAAGAUGUCUUUGUUCCCUAUCUGAUUAAAUCACUGAAUUAUUGCAAAUAAUCAAAUGAUAGUAUUAGAAAAAUACACAAUUUGACAGUUCUGUAUUUUAUCAAGGAAAUGGUUGGUUAAGAUCGAGUAAUAGUUGGGAAAGCGAUAUUUGAAGAGUCUCACUAGCUCCCCUUCAUUCGAGCGUACCGCCCGCGAGCUUCAUUUUUCCAUUCGCUCUCUCUCGCCGGCUUAACCCUCCCGCUAUGUUCAUUUGUCAGGGACAUCGAUGACGUUUAAUUAUCCAAAAGAUGUCCGAAACCCCAAAAUUCCCAAUAAGCGUCGUUACUAACUAUUCUAUCACUAUUUCAUGCAAUCGUGCUGCUUACCACUCACACGUCAUGGUUCCAUUAGGAUAAUUCACUCGUUUUUCAUUCCCAAAAAAAUUAUUGUUUCACCACUUUAUUACUUUUGAAAGACCAACAUAUAAAACACAAUCAUUUGACAUCCAAUUGAAACAGAACAUUUACAUUUUGUUUGUGAACCAGAAAUGAACAAAAUAACAAGCAAUAGCAAUAUACCAAUGUGUGUGUGUGUGUGCGUGUGCGUGUGUGUGUGCGUG